GAAAAAAGCCGCUUCAGGGAGUGCGUGCUGUUUUUUGCCUUCGCUCGGGUGGCGCUUUGGGGUGUUGGCAGUCGUGGGGGGUGUUUUCGAAUAUUCUGGAGCCGAAAUUAGCCGUGGAUCACGUGUGGCGGAAGUGAGAAGUUGAAAAAAUUGUCGCAAGGUAAAAAAUAACGCAAGUGCAUGACGAACAAUUGGUGGAGCACUUGCCGGCAGCUGUGCACCAGAAUCUAGAACAAGUUCGAGGCCAGUUGGAGUCACGGCGGAGACGACCAAGCGUUCAUUUGUGCCGGCGUUUGGGCUCAGAGCAGAAUGCACGGCAGAGGUGGGCCCGUGGGCCAAGUGAUACGGUCAUCGCAUUCCAUACGCUCGAAACAGACGGGCAAAGGAAACAAGCAGCAAAAUUGCAAUCAGCGCAAAGAUAAUGCAGUGAUUAAAGGUAACAAUCCGGCGAUAAAAAACUUUGGCACCGAUUUCAAACGGCGCCGGCAGCAAAAGUCGGCUCGUAUGUUUAGGCGUGCGCACCGGCAUCUGCUGACAAGCAGCGGCACGACAACUACAAUCUCCGAUAGUGAGGACUCGCACCAGCUGAGUGACAACUCGCAGUCAUGUGCGGCAACUCGGCAACAAAAAAGUCACGGGAAAACUUCGACAAGAAAGAGCAAGAAGAAGAAAAAGUCAAAAUCAGCAGGAGGAAUUCAUGAUGGCCGCAAUUCGAGAGAGACGUCAGUGAGCUCGUUGCUCAUAGAAAAUUGCCUAAUUGACGACUUCGGAUGUGAAUUUUGUGAGAAUCUAGUUGAAAUGAGUGAUCAUAGUGGCGGUGCGAAUUUGCCAGUGAAAAAACGAGGCCAUCAGCAUCAUCCCCGCUUUGCGGGCCAACGUCUUUCAAAUGUUCCGGCCGAGGAGGUGAUUGCUGCUCUGCGACGGGGUGGAACCAUCGAGGUGUCAUCGUUGCCUGGCCAAGAGUGCAUAAUUAACGAUAAUUUCGCAGCGAAUGCGUUGACAGCGACGUCGCACUUAUUGGGGCAACUGGGUCAAUCAGCUGUUGCAGUCGGGAGCCCGGUGACAGGAAUCUCUACGCAAUCGUCGGACGUCAACCAAAACAUCACCAACAUCCUGAGCAAUAUAACACAGCGAACAAUCGAUUCGGAUAACAAUCAAAACAAUAUUGUGACAACCAGUGCCUUGCCAACGGCGACGACAGUUGCGGAAACUGUCACUGCCCCCUUGACUGAGUACACCGAUGCCUUGAACUUUUCGACGAAUGCCGCAGGAAACAUCGUCGAGCCUCCCCGAGCCAGUCCGUCCCCCUUGCCAACUAGUUGCAGUAGUCCGACCCCGACUGAUGAUAGCAGUGUCGCCGACGAUGUGAAACCUCCAAAGGCCAAAACUCCCAGGCGCGAGAAGAAUUCGUCGAGAGGAGACUCCGCUCGUAAACGAAAGAAUCGCCAGUCCUGGGCGGCCGGUGAUUGUCUGCCGCAAGGUGAACGGGCGUCCGGUGAUGGGGCCCCUGCGGACGAGGAGAAUACGGAGAAUGAUCCAGAGGCUGCCGAAUGGGCGGCACUGAGGUGCACUAGUGAGCGAACGGAAGUGAUAGCGGAACGGGAGAACCGCAGGACCAAAAGAUGCGCGGACUAUCCUGGCCUGGCGUUUGGCCGCUCGAUCUUCAGCUCGGAUACGAUGAUGAAGUUCAAUAUCAUCCGAAAUGAGCUGCAUAAUAUCAUGAAGACGCAAUUGAAAAGGGCUGAAUCAGAAGUCGCCGCCUUGAACCGUCGCAUUCAAUUGCUCGAAGAAGAUUUGGAACGUUCUGAGGAGCGUCUUGCUUCGGCCACAGCUAAAUUGUCCGAAGCUUCGCAAGCUGCCGAUGAAAGUGAACGGAUACGAAAAGCUCUCGAGAAUCGCACGAAUAUGGAAGAUGACAGGGUAGCUAUUUUGGAAGCACAAUUAUCUCAGGCAAAGUUAAUUGCUGAAGAAGCAGAUAAAAAAUAUGAGGAGGUUGCCCGCAAACUUGUACUGAUGGAACAAGAUUUGGAACGUUCAGAAGAAAAAGUUGAACUUAGUGAAAGCAAAAUUGUAGAACUUGAAGAAGAACUCCGCGUCGUAGGUAACAACUUGAAAUCCCUUGAGGUUUCAGAAGAAAAGGCCAACCAACGUGAAGAAGAGUACAAGAACCAAAUCAAGACAUUGAACACCCGUCUAAAGGAGGCUGAAGCUCGUGCUGAAUUUGCUGAACGUUCCGUUCAGAAAUUGCAAAAGGAAGUUGACAGACUCGAAGACGACCUUAUGAAUGAGCGCGAGAAAAAUAAAUUGCUCCAGGAAGAAAUGGAAGCUACUCUGCAUGAUAUCCAAAAUAUGUAAUAACUAAUAAUGUAAUAAUGAUUGUGUAUUAUUAUGAUUUUGACGUAAUUUCUUUAGUUUCUUCUCUUUUGUUUUUGUAUUAUUGAUUUUUUGUGUGUUUUCCCCACAAUUGAUUAGAAGAGAACAUUUACAUAUACAUUCAUUCCCAUUACGAAAAUUCCACCACCUUAUAUGCAAAGAUCAUGAAGAACGUAGAAAAGUUGUCGAAGAAGGAAAAAUAUAUUAUGUAAGGCGAAUAGAUAUUAUUUUUUUUUUUUUUUCAAUUUUCCGUAGCUUACUUUUGUACCAUUCGGCGGUGUAAGUGCAGCAGUUUUGGCGGCGGUUCUUUGCAAUGUUAAUACUCGCUUCCCGUCGGCCUUGUUUCUGCAUUGGUAGCAGAGGCGUCAUGUUAUAUAAUGCAACUAGAUAUAAAAUCAUCCUACAUUUAAUUCCAUUCCGGCGAAAUGAAUUGAAAUUGCCCUGUCAAGCCUGCUGCACUUACACUCCCACUUGAUGUCCUGUUUCAGAUAUUUUGCAUUCCUUUCAAUUUGCAUUUACUCAGUCUUUUUCUCCAAUCAAAUUUGUAUUUAUUAUUUACAAGCGGGCUUAAUGUAUUGUAAUCUUUUAUAAAAAUACAAAAUAUAAACUGUACUUGGAAAAAAUGUGUAAAGUCAUCAAGCGAAUUAAUUCUAUCGUGACUUAUCGAAAACAGCUCAAGAUAUAAACCACAAAUUUUCUACGAGUUCAACGUAAAGAAAAUCAGAUGAUCCACUUUAAAUGAAGAAAUCUACUGCAAUCAAUCGUUUUUUGAGUGUAGGUGAAAACCGAUAAGCUGAUUGCAAACUCACAGAAUUGAUUAGUCUAAAAGCGAAAACAAACACUGUCCAAUGCUUGCAAUAUUUUUAAUAAAUUAAAGAGAGGAAGCAAUUGCGAGUAAGGGUCCUUUCAAAGCUUUGCAUUUUUCGGUGCUUAUUGAUAUAAAGUGGUUAGAUUUUUCCAACCUUCCUUUUUACAUUUCUUAUAUGAAAGUCCAGACAUGGAAUUUAGUGCUUUAUACUUUUUGAAACUAUAAACAAGUUGAUUACGACGUUUGUUUUCAUAACUAGGCAAAUUAGGUUAUGAUUAUUGAAAAUUUGAAUUUUUCAUAUUGCUUGCGCGAAGCUGAAGUCUAGAAACGAUUAUGUUGAAAAAUCCAAAAUUGUCAAUCCUCAUUCCGCUUUACUCCAUAUUUGAAAGACAACCCCCGAAGUAAAGCAGGGAGUUGAACGUUGUAAUACAAUCACGUAGUUAUGAAAUAUUUUUCGACGUUAUCUUUUGUCGUAAUUUUGCUCUUUAUAAGACAUUCUUUAUAUUGUCGUUGUAUCAUUCCCGAUUUUACUUAUUUAUAAAGUUGAUGAAAUAAAACAUAUAUUAAGAUCGAAGAAGAAACAAUCGUUAAAAAUAGUUAUUUACACUAUUCUUUUUAUUACUAUUAAGUUGCGAAAACACGCAAAUAUUUUAUGUUUUAUUAUUUUACUAUAUAUAUAAAGGAGACAAACGUGAAAUUAUAAUUUUUACAAGUUAAAAAUUUCGAUUGAAAGCCAAUAAAAAUUGGAAAAAGACGGAA